AUGCCCGAAGCGAAAAUGUACGACUCGGCGGAGAUCGAGCUGGACGAAUCCACAUUCUCCCCUCGACAGCAAGGAACUAGGUGGCCGCGACACAGUGGGUUGUAUUUUCCGCAACGUCGGCCGUGGCGCGACACUUGGAAACGUCGAGCACAACCAUGGAGCCCCGUCUGGUGGAUUGCACUGCUUUGCUUAAUGAGCUUUGCAUCGCCAGCCGCCGCUGUUCUAUUGGACUUUGAAAAUUGUCUAUCGAAAACCAUCCUCGAGUCUGACCCUCUACAACUUCAAUUCGUUCCUACCAACGUGUCCGUCAAAUUCAACCUUACCAACCCUUUACAUCCACUCGCCGUCACGGUAUAUGGCAAUGUGUCGGGAACCGUGUCUCGAACUGCUAAAUACCCGCCACCAGGCUCCGACGACUGGUUAAAUGCAAAUUGGACCGAUGGGAAGAUCGAGGAUGUGAGCAGUACCAACAACAGGUACAGCACACUGAUGACGGAUCUUAAUGUGCUCAGCUUCACGGCAUUUCACAAUGCUUCUCGUUUCCGUGACUCGCUCACGCAAGGCACCCUCCCGUUGGGUCCGGUCUUCUAUCACAACCUGAGUGAUUUGACGCAAUUACGAGCGUUCUCCGUUGAACAUGAUAUGCUUUCAAGCUACCGUUUUGGAACCAUCACACCGUUAUUGACGAUUCGCUCUGGAGAUGCAUCCGCGGCUCAGCUCGCCUGUGUUUCAGUGAAAGCCACGCCGGACCUCGGAAAGCCCCUCAAAAAUGCCCUCGCAUAUGUGCCUCUUGUUAUUUUGAUACUCGUGGGGAUCGCGACCAUCGCUGCCGCUAUGUAUAGUCCCUGGGGCACAACUGAUCUAUUCCGGUGGACAAGCAACUACGGCCGUGAUGAGGACGUCCUCCGGCUUGUGACUCCCGGGUUUGCAGAUUGCCUACAGUACCUUCAAUUCGUGGUCUUGACUGGGUCGCUUUCGUUGGACUAUCCAGGCUUCUUUCAGCCUGCAGUGAGCCAGGGAGCAUGGUCGACCCUCAUGUUUAACCAAAGUUUCAUAAGUACUGAAAUGCCCUACGACCCUGUGGUUGAUGGCGUGUAUGUCAUCAAUGGAACUUAUGGCCUCGACCGGUUGACCCAGCUGGUUGGUAUGGCUUCGUCCCAGGAUAUCUGGCCCGGUAUGAUGAUAUGGGUAUUGGUGAUCCUGGCCUCUGUGACAGUGAUAUUUCAGAUCGCAUUCGCGCUUCGAUGGCUGUAUCGUGAGCUGGCAAACAACACUGACCAGGAUCUGCGUGCUAGAAACAUGCCAUUUACCCUAGGCAACCUCAUCCGAAUUGUCUUCAAUUUCCUUCUCUUGCCAAUCGUUUCCCUUUGCUUCUUCCAGCUGGUUCUUGCUCGUCAAUCGGCUGCUUAUUUUGUUGCUCUAGCGGCCGUGGUGCUUGUUCUUCUCGCUUGCUUCUCCAUUUGGGUUAUUCGAGUGAUCCUUUCCACCCGACCCAAGUCUCACCUUUUCGAUGAUCUUCCCACGGUUCUGUUGUAUGGGCCGCUCUAUAAUACAUACUGCGACGACGCAGCGGCCUUCGGUAUCGUCCCGAUUAUCUUGAACAUCGCCCGCGGAAUAGCAAUCGGUGCUUUGCAACCAUCUGGUAUCGCCCAGGUGGUAAUGCUAGCCAUUUGUGAAGUUGUCUCCGUACUAACUUUGCUAGCUUUCCGACCUUUUUCUGGACCGACUCACAUGAACCUGUACCACUGUCUCUUCUCUAUUGUACGUUUUUUAACAGUCAUUUUGAGCGUCAUCUUUGUGCCGUCAUUGACAGUCGGGGAUGCGGCACGAGGUUGGAUCGGAUAUCUGAUACUUGUGUUACACGCCGUGGUUCUUGUCUUCGGUUUCUUCCUCAACGCGAUACAAACAUUGAUCGAGGUUUUGGCAAGACUAGCUGGUGCGGGCGGAGCCACUCGUGGUGGCUUGACUAAGGUUCUUGGUAUGCGCCAGCUCUCUAGGCGCACUCCGCGGCGUGAUCUCACUCGCCAGAGUAUGGGUUCGGAGGCUGCUAUGCUUAGUCAUGGUGAUGACCGUAUGUCUUCUCAGUUCGAUGGUUCGCGCCCGCGCAGCCUCUCUGGGAGCUCUGGUCUGCUUCUGAACCGUGCCACAGCCAGUGAUGGCAGAGCUAGCGCUGCCUAUGAUUAUGCCAGUUCCCAAGGGGGCACGCACAGUCGUGCGCCAAGUGGAGGAUUCCCCACACCUACCUCAACCGCCUAUCAAGGAGCUGGCUUCCCUAGCUCGCCUAGCAGUGGUACGAUGAUGGGGAUGAACCCUCGUGAUCCCUAUUAUCGACCGCCCCGCCCAGGGCGAAAAAGCCCUCAGGCAACUGGUUCUCUCGAGAAAGGGAAGAGCCCAUCAAGGGGCUUCCUGAAAUCAAAAUCAAGCCGGCGAGCAGUCAAUACCGAAGAUGACCUAGCGGAUGGCACCAUGUCUGGCCGGGCCACGCCUGUUCCAGCAUACCUAGCAGCGCCGAAGGAUGAUAUGGAGCUCGACACACCACGCAAGACAAAGGAUUAUGCUGUUCGCGAGGUUGAUUUCUACUACGGUGUCCGGGGCCCACCGCUUUCACACAGCGGCACCCGAAAGUUGAAAACCGGGCCGGCCGAUCCCACAGGUCCAGUCUCGUCUGCGACGGGCUGGUUUCGAGGCCUACUUCGAGGGAAGACCAAGGACAACGCCAAAGGAUUUGAGGUGGUCCGAAGUGCUCGUGCGCCUCCUCCAGGUCUAUUCCCGCGAGGCGGCGACUAUAACGAGCAAUAUCAGGAUGAUCCAGGUACACCAUCCGCCAGCCACUCUCGGAAUGUGUCCACUGGCAAUAUUCCAUAUGAGGAUUCAGAUAACGACCACGACCACGACCACGAUCCCGAGCAGUCAGGUGAGACACGUCCACCAGUACUGCCACAACUUAAUACGUCAGUUGGAGGUGCCAUCGAGUUGCCCAGUCGAACGAGCUCUCGCCACACACAGGCGGCCGGUGAACAAAAUGCAGAUGGGGCCGCGCUUGGCCUUCCAGUUGUCACCGAGACCCUCUCGCACGAUCCUGCGGUUGGCCAGCACCCUGAGCAUUCUGAGCACCAUCUCCAGCCCGAAGGUCCCACCACCGCGCGCCUACCUUUCAGUGGGAGUAGCUCACCACCUCGUGAACGAGGCCUGUCUAUGACCUCUACCUCAAGAUCAAGGUCAAACGCUUCGAGCCAGCAGACAGGGUCCCGGGCAGAACGCCCCUCGAGCAUGGGUUAUGUGCCUCAACAUCGCGCACACGACCAACUCCACGAGGCGAGCCCCGACGAACCGUCAUUUGCAGGUAGCUCAGCAGAACUUGUCGACGAAGCUGCCCUGGGACGGCAUGAACGCUAG